GAACGGAACGGCAAAGGGCAAGUCGUAGCCCUUGUGUUUGGCGAGGACGAUGAGGCCGAUGAGGAGGAAGAUGAUGAAUGCAAUGAUACCGACGACGAUACCAAUGAUCGUGCCCGUGUUGCCGAGGUUGCGUCGGCUCACGUCAGAGUUGGUGGUAGCAACUUGGCCUGUAAAGUCGGUCUUGUUGGUGCCACCAAAGAUUUGGAAGGCGUCGAUGGUGAGUGUGUUGCCGUCUGCGCCAGUGUUGGUCAAGACGAUCUUGUGCGCUCCACCGCCGAGGUUGGUCUUGUAGAACUAGAUAUUUCGUUAGAUUGA